AUGAGUGUCGUUGGAAUCGAUUUCGGAACCCUUAAGACCGUCAUUGCCGUUGCCCGAAACCGCGGCGUCGACGUUGUCACCAAUGAAGUCUCAAACCGAGCAACCCCGUAUGUUUUCCCCGUCGUUGGCUUUGCCGCUCGUUGCGCUUCCUUGGUAGGAUUUGGACCCAAGUCUCGCUACCUUGGUGAGACCGCCAAGACCCAGGAGAUCUCCAACCUCAAGAACACCGUCAGCUCCCUGAAGCGCCUCGCUGGCCGAUCAUUCAACGAUACCGAUAUUCAGGUUGAGCAGCAAUAUGUCACUGCUCCUCUCGUCGAUGUCAACGGUCAGGUUGGCGCCGAGGUCAACUACCUGGGCAAGAAGGAGAAGUUCACUGCUACUCAGCUUGUUGGCAUGUACUUGAGCAAGAUCAAGUCGACCGCUGGUGCCGAGCUCAAGCUCCCCGUUCAAGAUGUUUGCAUGAGUGUGCCUCCCUGGUUCACUGACGUCCAGCGCCGCGCUCUCAUCGACGCUGCCGAGAUUGCUGGACUUCGAGUUCUCCGUCUUAUCAACGAUGGCACCGCCGCUGCUCUCGGCUGGGGUAUCACAAAGCUCGACCUGCCCGCUCCUGAGGAGCAGCCCCGCCGCGUCUGCUUUGUCGAUGUCGGCCACAGCAGCUACACUGUCUCCAUUGUCGAGUUCAAGAAGGGUGAGCUCGCCGUCAAGGCUACCACAUGGGACAAGGACUUUGGUGGUCGUGACUUCGACCGUGCUCUUGUUGAUCAUCUUGCCAAGGAAUUCAAGGGCAAGUACAAAGUCGACAUCAUGACCCACGGCCGUGCCCUCGCCCGUACCAUCGCCGCCGCUGAGAAGACCAAGAAGGUUCUGUCUGCCAACCAGCAGUCCCCUGUCAAUAUCGAGUCGCUCAUGAACGACAUUGAUGCUUCCACCAUGAUUACCCGCCAGGAGUUCGAGGCUAUGAUCGAGCCUCUCCUUGCCCGAACCCACAAGCCCCUCGAGGAGGCUCUCGCUCAGGCCAAGCUCACCAAGGACGACAUUGAUAUUAUUGAGGUCGUUGGUGGCGGAUCUCGUGUCCCUGCUCUCAAGGAGCGUAUCCAGGCUUUCUUCGGCAAGACCCUCUCUUUCACCCUGAACGCUGAUGAGGCUCUUGCUCGUGGUUCCGCUUUCAGCUGUGCCAUCCUCUCCCCUGUCUUCCGUGUCCGCGACUUCUCUGUCCAGGACAUCAUCAGCUACCCUAUUGAGUUUGCUUGGGAGAAGGCCCCCGAUAUUCCCGACGAGGACACCAGCCUGACUGUCUUCAACAAGGGCAACGUUAUGCCUUCUACUAAGAUUCUUACAUUCUACCGAAAACAGCCUUUUGAUCUUGAGGCCCGAUAUGCCCAGCCUGAGCUGCUUCCUGGCAAGACUAACCCUUGGAUCGGCCGAUUCUCCGUCAAGAACGUCAAGGCUGACGGCAAGGACGACUUCAUGAUUUGCAAGCUCAAGGCCCGUGUCAACAUCCACGGUGUUCUCAACGUCGAGACUGGCUACUAUGUCGAAGAGGAGGAGGUUGAGGAGGAGGUUAACGAGGACGGUGACAAGAAGGAUCCUGAUGUGAGUUUGUCUGAGCCAGCUUCGGUUCAUGAUGCGUUUUCCCCUGUUUCAGAUCAAGACUCAGCGUCUACUUCAUCAUCCGCGUCGGUUGGAGACGAUAGCCAUGCCUAUCCCGCCAAGCGUCAACGACUUGAGGAAGACGAGGAGACUCCUUUCCGUUCUGCUAUUGUUGUCCCAGAAUUUCUGGAAGAAUCGAUUUAUGAACCCCGUUCGCUAACAUCCGCUUCCCAAAAGGCCAUGGAGACUGAUAAGGAUGCUCCUAAGAAGACUCGCAAGGUGAAGAAGCAGGUUCGCAAGGGUGACCUGCCCAUCUCUACAGGCAGCGCCUCGCUGGAUGACUCCACCAAGUCCAGUCUCCUUGAGAAGGAGUCCGCCAUGGUCAUGGAGGACAAGCUUGUCGCCGAUACCGAGGAGAAGAAGAACGAGCUCGAGGCCUAUAUCUACGAUCUCCGUGCGAAGCUCGAUGAGCAGUACUCCGAGUUCGCUGGCGAGGACGAGAAGCAAACCAUCAAGGCCAAGCUUGAGGCCACUGAGGACUGGUUGUACGAAGAGGGCGAGGAUACCACUAAGGGUGUUUACAUCGCCAAGAUCGACGAGAUCCGCGCCAUGGCUGGUCCCAUUGUCCAGCGCCAUUUCGAGAAAGUUGAAUCCGAGCGACAAGCCGUUUUGGAGAAAGCCGAGGCCGAACGGGCUGCGAAGAAGGCUGAGGAGGAUGCUCGCAAGGCUUCCGAGGGCGACAAGUCCAACGACCAGGAGAUGAAGGAUGCCGACGCUCAGCAACAGGAGACCGAAGGUUCUGCCGACCCCCAGUAA